AUGGGACGGUACCUGCUGCCCCUCUGCAAGCAGCGCUGGCACACCUGUGCGGCCUUCUUGCCCCAGGGAGGGCUCCUGGUCUGCGGGGACCGCCGGGGCUCCCUCCUUCUCUUCCCUUGCAGCAGCUCUGCAGGGUGGGCUGCGGAAAGCACCGGCGUCGCCGAUGGCGGCGCAGACCCGAUCAGCAAGGACUCCGGCAGCGAGUCGGGGCCUUCUUGCUUGUUGCACAGAGGGGCUCUUCCCCUUGAGGCCCCGCUGUCCGUGCUCUUCGGGCUCCACGGGAAGAUGGGGGUUACCUCGGUGACCUGCCACGGGGGCUACAUUUACAGUACCGGCCGGGAUGGCGUCUACCGCCAGCUCCACCUGCGGGGCCAGCAGCUGGAGGUCCUGCGGAAGCACAGGCCCUGCAAAGGGCUGCAGUGGAUCGAGGAGCUGCGCUUCGCCCCAGAUGGGGACCUGCUGGUGCUGGGCUUUCACGCUGACAACUUUGUGGUGUGGAGCAGCAGGACCGGCGAGAACCUCCACUGCAUCCCCUGUGGCGGGGGGCACCGCUCCUGGAGUUACUGCAGCAGCUCCUCGGCCGAGGGCUUCGCCUUCAUCAAGUGCGGGGAUGUGAUGCUGUACCACCGCGAGGCCCAGCCCUGUGAGCAGCAGGUGCUCCUGGCGUCCCUGCACGGGCGGGAGAUCACCUGCGUGCGGCGCCUGGGGGCAGUGGAGGUGCCCGACCACACCACUCUGGACAUCUUUGUCACCGGCAGCGAGGACACCACGGCCUGUGUCCUGGCUCUCAGCAAGCAAUCCCAGCAGGCAGCGCCCCUUGCCCGGCUCAGCGACCACAUCUCCAGCGUGAGGGCGCUGGCGCUGGCUGGCCCCACGGGACCUGGUGAUGAGGGCUUCAGUGAUGAGGGCUUGUCUGCCCUGCUCUUCUCUGCGGGUGGCCGGGCGCAGAUCGAGUGCUACCGGUUGCUGUGUGACGGGGACCCAGACUCCGAGAGCUCCGUGGCCUGCCAGGUCAUCCAUGUGGCUUCCCACCGGCUGGACGAGCACUGGGAGCGGAAGAAAAACAGGCACAAGCUUGUCAAGAUGGACCCAGAGACGAGGUACAUGUCCCUCUCGGUUGUGCCCGGGACCAGCACUGAGCAGCUGCCGACACCCUGGAAGUUCCUGGCUGCCGCCUGCAGCGAUGGAUCAGUCCGGGUCUUUGGGCUGCUGGAGGCCGCCCGGAAGCUGGUGCUGGUGGCGGAGUCAUUUCACCACCAGCGCUGCGUGCUGAAGGUGGAGGCGUUCCUGCACACAUGGGCAGGAGGGGAGAG